AUGGCAAAACAGCAUUUUACUGACGACUUGCAGCGUGAGAGGUCUCGAUCGCCUCGUCGUGGUCGGUCCAGAAGCCCAGGACGUAGCGGAAACCGUCGAUCCUAUUCGCCGCGUAGUAACCGAUCGCGUAGUGCCGAUCGAAACAACCGGAGGAGGUCGCGGUCUCCUAUGAACCAGCAGGGCCAGCUGGCUGGAGGAUCGAACUCAGGCUAUGGUGGAGCCCCCCGGUCCAACGAAGAUCGUGUACAGGCCAGGGAUAACAUGAUGAGCAACUUGCGCGAGAACUCCCAGCAGGACCGCCGGGUCUACGUUGGUAAUCUUUCUUACGAUGUUAAGUGGCAUCACUUGAAAGACUUCAUGCGCCAAGCCGGCGAGGUCAUUUUUGCAGAUGUGCUACUUCUCCCCAACGGAAUUAUUGUGGAAUAUGCAACCAGGGAACAAGCCCAGAACGCGGUUGCCACUCUGAGCAACCAAAACCUCAUGGGCAGACUGGUAUAUGUUCGCGAGGAUCGAGAAGCCGAACCCCGCUUCCAGGGAGCCAACAAUGCUCGUGGUGGUUUCGGCGGCGGCGCCCAGGGCGGCUUUGGCGGUGGCGGCGGCGGCGGCUUCCCCAUGGGAGGUGCCAGCGGCCCUCCCCAGGGGCGUCAAGUCUUUGUUAACAACCUUCCUUACAACGUGGAUUGGCGUGAGAUGAAGGAUCUUUUCAGACAAGCAGCUCGUGUCGGCGGAGUCCACCGUGCGGAUAUCCACAUGACUCCUGACAAUCGACCCAAGGGGUCCGGCAUUGUCAUUUACGACCACCCCGAUGAUGCCAACAAUGCUAUCCAGCAGUUCAAUGGCUAUGAGUGGUACGGCCGGACAAUUGAAGUGCGCAUGGAUCGCUUCGCCGGAGGCGGUUACGGUGGUGGUGGCCGCGGAGGCUUCGGCCAGCGUGGUGGCAUGGGCGGCUUUGGUCGUGGCGGCUUCGCCGGACGGGGUGGCUUUGGCGGUGCCGGAGGUUUUGGACGUGGCGGCUAUGGCGGUGGUGGCGGCUUCGACGGCGGUCACAUGGGUGGCGGUCCUAUGGGACCUGGCGCUGCCUCGGUGCCGCCAAAUCCGUUCACAGACAAUGCCACUGCUGGGUCAGAACGGAGCGAGACGAUUUACGUUCGCAACCUUCCUUGGUCGACGAGCAACGAGGAUCUUGUUGAACUGUUUACGACUAUUGGCAAGGUCGAGCAAGCCGAGAUACAGUAUGAGCCCAGCGGACGUUCCCGUGGGAGCGGUGUGGUGCGGUUCGACAAUGCCGAAACCGCCGAGACAUCUAUUGCCAAAUUCCAGGGCUACCAAUAUGGCGGACGACCACUCAACUUGAGCUUCGUUAAAUACCUCAACCCUGUCGGAGGAGACAACAUGGACACCGAUCCACAUGUCGGCCUCACUCAGGACCAGAUUAUGUGA